AUGGGAUUCACCAAUAUCCGCAUCACCAGCAAACACAUCCCAGGGUUUGUUCUCCCUUGUGCAAACUCAUCCUUCCAAGCUAGGGCUUUGGCCCUAAUUCGUGAUCCCCUGCAGAGACUGUGCUGCUACAGUUUUAAUCGGUACGCAGAGUUAUUGGCCAAGAAAUCGAAGCGCGGCGGUGCAGCAAUUUCCGGGGGCCAUUCCGACCAAGACGUCCCACGCAUUCCCGGGUAUCCUCCCCCUUCCCUCAGCCGUGCCCCGGACACCGAGGUCAUGGCCUCCUACAAGGUCUAUAUCGCGCGGUUCAAGUCGAUGCCCGUCUUCCACGACGCAGUCUACAUCGAAGCGGAACAGGGCAAGGGGUGGAUUUAUCAGGUCAUGGGCGGCCACGGCCCCGGAUGGCAAUACGACGCGGGACAGCGCGACGAUAUCGAGGGUUCGGGGCAGUUCUACAUGAAGUACGAAAAGGGCACCGUGGCACAGGCCAAUCUGUCCAAAGUGGACGGCAUUUGUCGCUCGAUCCCUGUGCCCCGCAAUCAGGAGAUAGAGGGAGUCGUCGUGCGAAGGGACUGUCGACACUGGGUGCUCGACGCUCUCGAGCAAUUAAAAGAGCACGGUAUUUACCAGGAGAUGAACGGAUCUCGGCGCUGA